AUGAGGAGCUUCCCCCUAAACUUUGCCUUUCCCUUGGCUCUGAAGGACCCAGCCUGGAGGAAAAGGGAGCUGCUGCUGCUGGAGCCUGGCGUGCUUUGGGCUUUGGGCUUUGAAAACCCUGCCUUCACUCCAGGAGGAGUUUCACUCUGCUCUGGAGUCUCCACUGGCUGCCCACCAUGGCUGGCUCAGAAAAGGCUCCCUGGCUGGGAGGGGAAGCUGCUGGGAUGUGCAAAGGGGUGUGAAUGUGGGGAAAACCUGAGCAAAAUGCCACCAGAGCUCACCUUCUUCCUCCUCUGUGCUCUGAGUGCACCAAAUCUCUCAGGUAUUUUAGGAGGAGAUGCUUUGUUGCCAGCACCUCAGAGUAUCUCCAUUCUUUCAACCAACAUGAAACACUUCUUAACUUGGAGUCCUGUGAUCGUCCAGGGAGCAACUGUGAGAUACUCAGUUGAGUUUCAGGGGGAAUACGAGCGGGAAUACGCCAACGGGAGCUGGAUCCCCAUCUCGGAGUGUUCCCUCACCACAGCCACGGUGUGCAACAUCACAGAGGACAUCUCAGCCACCGUGGCCUACAAGCUGCGUGUCAGGGCAGAGCUUGGUGCCGCCAGGUCCCAGUGGGGCACCACGAAGGGCUUCUUCAACCGCGCCACGACUUCCCUGACCCCACCCCUGCUGAGGGUCGUGGCAGAGGGGCAGCAUUUACUGGUGGAGCUGGCAGACAUGGGACCCUCCUUCCAGUUCCGGCUGCUCUACUGGAAGAAGGGCCAGGAGAGCAGGGUGCAGCAGAAGGUGAUGAAGGUGGUGAGCUCCGUGCUUCACCUGGACACCAUGGAGGCAGGAGCUGAGUACUGUGUGAAGGCUCAGACACACGUCGAGGCCAUCAACAGGAGCAGCAGCUUCAGCCCCACGCAGUGUGUGAGGGCACAGGGUGACACAUCCGUGUGGCUGGUUACUGCCCUCAUCUCCUCUGCUGGCUUUGCUGUGGCAGCUUUAACCCUGCCUCUCCUUACCUGGAAAAUAAGUAAAGUCUUCCAAUAUGCCUGCUGCCCUGCUGCUGUCCUGCCAGACACACUGAAAGAAUCUGAGCCCCCCACCCAUCUGAUCCUGCGGGGCAGAGAAGAGGCUGAGCAAUGUGACCUGAUGGUGGUUGUGAUGCCCUCAGAAGAAGUUCUCCAGCUGUGGAUUCAAAAAGCACUUUAG